AUGUCAAGAUACAUGGAUUUAUGUAAUAUACAUACAUAUAAAAUCAACGGGUUUCCGAUCGUUUAUAUAAACCAGAGACGUGGUGAUGAUAAUCAUCGUUUUAGAAACAAUGUUUCGCGUAGAUGCCAAGUUUGUGAAUGGGAACUUGACGCUGCUUCUUCUGCUUUGUUCUGUUCAAUGGAAUGCAAGUUAAGGAGCAUUCUUGGGUCACAACUUGAUGAUCUGAUGGAGAAUUUAGAGAUUACUGAUGAUUCGGAAGAGACUGUUGAACCGGUGAAGAAGAAACGACAUAGGAGAAAAGGGAGUCCACAUAGAGCUCCAUUCUUCUAG